CCCAGCCCGGCGUGGGCUUUGCCCAAACCCUCCCGGCCACCGACGCUGCUGCUGCUGUUCCCGCAGGUGCCCGAUAGCGUCUUGCUGUCCACGGCUGCCCUCCUCCCGCUCAUCCCCCAGCUCGCCAAGGUCCUCCCCCGCUCUCUGCCGCUGGAGCUGCGCGUGUGGGUGGCCAAGGAGCCGGUGGUGGCCGUGAGGGGCAGAAGAGCCACUGCCACCCUCAAAGCCUUCAUCGAAGUCUUCAGUCCCGCCCUGCAGUCCUCCCAGAAGCCCCUCUUCUCCCUUGACACGGACGUUGUUCUGAACAUCAUCCCAUCGGUCUCCGACGGCAGACUGCAAACCUCCCUGGCUCUCAACAGCAUCAACCUGACGCGGGCACCCCUGGGACUUGACCCUCUCAGUGUCUCCCCCCUCGCAGACUGGCUCAAGCAGGUCCUUGAGGCUGCAUACGUCCCUGCCAUCAACGAUGCUUUGCAUGUGUCAAUCCCUCUGCCCAACAUUCUCAAAACCAGCCUGAAGAAGGUCGAGGUUGACAUCAUUGAUGCAGACGACUCUCCCGACCAGAACGCUUUAAAAAGGUCCUGCCAGCACCGCAGCUCUCCCAGCCGAGCAGAAGACACCAUGCCACCGGCCCUGGGCUUCGCCCUCUUGUACGCCCUGCUGACCCCGUCACUGAGCCAGCCAAAAGAUGCCGUCCUCAGGCUCAGUAAAGGUGUUUUAAGCGAUGGUCUCCUCGAUGUGGCAGGGAUCCUUGGUGGCCACGGUGGCCUUCUUGGCAGAGGAGGGCUUCUGGGCAAUGGAGGGCUGCUGGGAGACGGCGGGAUCCUUGGUGGCCACGGUGGCCUUCUUGGCAGAGGAGGGCUUCUGGGCAAUGGAGGGCUGCUGGGAGACGGCGGCCUGCUCGGCAUCCUCGGGGAUGGAGGCUUGCUCAGCACCACCCAGGGGCUCACUGGGCUGAGGAUCGUGGAGCUGACGCUCCCCAGGGUGUCCCUGCGGCUCCUGCCUGGCGUCGCUCCCUUCCCCUCACGCAGCCUCCUGGGUUUGCUCGACAUCGCAGUGGAAGUGAACAUCACGUCGAGGGCCAGGCUGACCAUGGACAGCACGGGCUACCCCAAGCUGGUGGCAGAAAGAUGCGAUACCCUCCUCGGUGGCAUUGAAGUCAGACUCCUGAGACGCCUGCUCCCAGUUGUGGAUAAUUUAUUGGCAAGUGUCCUGAACAGACUUCUUCCUAAUCUGCUCUGCCCGGUGGUCGACGUCGCCUUGGGACUGGUCAACGACCAGCUGGGUCUUGUGAACUCACUGGUGCCCCUGGGUUUGCUGGGCAGUAUCCAGUACACCGUGUCCAGCCUUCCCCUGGUAACCGGACAGUUCCUCGAGGUAGACUUGAACACGGUCGUCGGGCGGGUGGCAGGGGGCCUGGUGGACUACCCGCUGGGAAAGCCAGAAGCUGUCCCCACGCCACCACGGGUCCCUGUGCCACCCCUGCCACCCAUGGCGGACACCAGCUCCUCCCAGCUGGGCCUCUCUGUGAACUUCCUCGGCUCGGUGCUGUCUGUCCUGCAGAAGGAGGGUGCCCUGGACCUGGACAUCUCCACCGGCAUGUUUCCUGAGCUCCCGCCACUAACGACGUCGACCCUUGGAGCCCUCGUUCCUGCGGUUUUCAAGGCAUACCCUGAGUCACGCGAAUUGCUGCUGAGAAUUGCAGUCCCUGAAGCACCGGUGGUGACCUUAAAGAAAAACAAAGGUGUGAUCCAGCUCACGGCUACAGCAGAGGUGGUGGUGAUCCACCCAGAUGGCGUCCAGAAGUCUCUCUGCCUUCUGAGUAUCGACACCUCCCUGCUGGCCCGGUUUUCAGUCGAGGACAACAAACUGAAGAUCGGCGUCAGUCUGGAGAAGGCUCAUCACUCCUUGGUGUCUUCGUCCGUCGGUGAUUUUGAUGUCUCGCUCCUGGAGAUGCUCGUUGGCCAGAUUUUCGAUGUUGCCUUCCUGCCUGCAGUGAACCACAUGCUGGGAGCAGGGAUCCCCCUCCCCAGGCUGCUGAACAUCGACUUCACCAACGCGGACAUCGCCGUCGUCGAGGACCUCAUCGUGCUGUCGGUGUGA